GGCAAAUGGCCCCUGCAUCCACCUGCUAGCGCCCGCCCUGCCUCCCUCCAUUCACACGCAGGAGCGGCCAACUUUACCGAGGAGCGCGCGCGCUUCGCGUCUGGACCUCGCGUCGCUACCGGGACUUUGUUUCCAGCUGCCUUUUAUUCCCGCACGAGAUGUUUACUGUGGCCGCGCGGCGACAGCGUCUCCUCUCCCCAGAUUAAACUCCACGCACGUUUUCUCCCCUCUUUGUGUUUUUUUAAACUGUCAUUUUGGUGGUUGCACGCUGACUCCGGGGCCAAUAACCGCGCAGUGCGCUCAGGUACAGACUCGCGGGGACCGCGCAGAGCUGCGACGGGAUUUUUUUUUAUAUAGUUAUUACUGAUUUCAACGUGGAGACGAGUCUGUUGGAAUUGCUUUACUCAAUGACUUUCAAGGUUGGAUCCGAAGUUCUAUUCGGGAAUCUGCCACAAUAAGAGAUUUGAGAGGACGAACGCUGCGCGUGCUGUUGGAGGUUCGACCAUGCUGCUGGACGCUCUGUGGACGCUCCUCGCCCUCCUGGCACUGUCCGGCCUGGCUCCUGGGAACCCAGUGAUCAAUGACCCGCUGGCGGCGCCCCGCGUCUUCAUCUCCUUCAAAGAGCUCCGAUCCACCGGUACCGCUCAUCACUUCGCCUACAUCCUCAACACGUCUGACUACAGGAUCCUGCGCAUGGACGAGGACCACGACCGCAUGUACGUCGGCAGCAAGGACCACAUCCUGUCCCUGGAUCUCCAUGACAUCAACAAGGACCCACAUAUCAUCCACUGGCCGGUGUCUGAACGGAGAAGGAUGGAGUGCCUCGUGAGUGGGAAGGAUGCCAAUGAGGAGUGCGCGAACUUCAUCCGUCUGAUCGAGCCGUGGAACCGGACUCAGCUGUACGUCUGCGGGACGGGAGCGUACAAUCCAGUCUGUACCUUUGUCAACCGAGGACGGAAACCCCAGACGUCCCUGUAUCUGCAGAUGGCCCAGGCCAGAGGACGGGCCAGCCGCGCAGCCGAACCCAGCGCGGUGCACGAGAUGCUCGGACUGAAGGAAGAAAUCUUUCACUUGGAGCCAGGCAAAGUGGAAUCUGGCAAAGGGAAGUGCUCCUACGACCCGAAGCUCAACAGUGUGUCCGCUUUGAUCAAUGGGGAGCUAUAUGCAGGGGUCUAUGUUGACUUCAUGGGAACAGACUCUGCCAUUUUCCGUACUUUGGGGACAAAGACCGCCAUGAGGACAGAUCAAUAUAACUCCAGAUGGCUGAACGACCCCACUUUCAUACACGCACAGCUCAUCCCCGAUAGUGCUGAGAGAAAUGAUGACAAGCUCUACUUCUUCUUCCGGGAGAAGUCCUCUGAGAUGGGCCAGACUCCUGUGACCCAGUCGCGUAUAGGACGCAUCUGCCUGAACGACGACGGAGGCCACUGCUGUCUGGUGAACAAGUGGAGCACCUUCCUCAAGGCCCGGCUCAUCUGCUCGGUUCCGGGGGCCGACGGCAUGGAGACGCACUUCGAUGAGCUCAGAGACGUUUACAUACAGCCGACGCAGGACACCAAAAACCCCGUGAUCUACGGCGUCUUCUCUGUCUCUGGCUCUGUCUUCAAAGGCUCGGCGGUGUGUGUCUACUCCAUGGCUGACAUUCGCAUGGUGUUCAACGGACCCUUUGCCCACAAGGAGGGUCCCAAUUACCAGUGGGUCGCCUACACUGGGAAGAUCCCCUACCCCCGGCCCGGCACGUGCCCUGGUGGUACAUUCACCCCGAACAUGAAGUCUACGAAGGACUACCCCGAUGAAGUGAUUAACUUCAUGAGGAAUCACCCUGCCAUGCACAAUUCAGUCUACCCGGUGCACAAGCGCCCCCUGGUGGUCCGCACCAACGUGGACUACGAGUUCACCACCAUCACAGUGGACCAAGUGACAGCGGCGGAUGGCAACUAUGAAGUGCUGUUCUUAGGAACCGACAAGGGGACGGUCCAGAAAGUCAUCGUGCUGCCCAGUGAUGACCUGCAGACGGAGGAGCUGGUCCUGGAGGAGGUGGAGGUGUUCAAGGUCCCUACUCCAAUCACAACAAUGAAGAUCUCAUCCAAAAGGCAACAGCUGUACGUGUCGUCCAUGGUCGGGUUGACCCAGCUGGCUCUCCACCGCUGCGAUGUGUACGGCGAGGCCUGCGCCGACUGCUGCCUGGCCAGAGACCCGUACUGCGCCUGGGACGGCAAGUCCUGCUCCCGUUACUCAGCUUCGCAGAAGAGGUCUGACCCCUUUAGACGUAGCCGGAGGCAGGACGUCAAGUACGGGAACCCCAUCCGCCAGUGCCGAGGCUUCAACUCCAACGCCAAUAAGAACACUCUGGAGAUGGUGCAGUACGGGGUGGAGGGAAGCAGCACUUUCCUGGAGUGUCAGGCCCGCUCUCCACACGCUGUCAUCAAGUGGCAUUUACAGAGGGACAACAGCGACCGCAGGAAAGAGAUGCGUUCUGACGGCCGGGUUCUGAAGACGGAGCAGGGUCUGCUCCUGCGAUCGCUGCAGCCCUCUGACUCCGGCAUGUACCAGUGCACAGCCACCGAGAAGAACUUCAAGCACACGCUGGUGAAGCUGCAGCUGGUGGUGCUGUCGGGCCGCGCCGUUAACAACCUGCUGGUGGAGGGCGGAGGCGGCGCGUUGCCCUCCUCCCUCCACUCCAGCAGCACCCAGUGGACCCCCAGCACGGGCCAGUACAAGGACCUGUUGACCAUCCUGAGCCAGCCAGAGAUGAGCUUGAUUAACCAGUACUGCCAGGACUACUGGCAGUUCGGAGACCCUGUCCUGGGCGCCUUGAAGGCCAAAGACCUGAAGGAGCUCAAGGAGCAGAAGAAGCCCCGCAACCGCCGGCAUCACGGGGAAGGGGCGGAGGAGGAAGACGAGGAGGACGGAGGAGAGACAUGAGGAGGCUAGAUCUGUGUGAUGAAAAGAAACCCUCAUCCAUCCUUCCCCCAUCCUGUGAAAACUGGAAGAGACUCAUUGAGU